AUGUCACCUUUACUAAUGCAUGCUGCAAAUUCAUCAGUGCCAAUAGAGCCGUUAGAUGAUAUGGAUGAAACAGCUUCGGAGUCAAAUGAUGGCACAGAACAUACAGCUGUAACUACUGCGACUCAUGGAAAGGAAUUGGUAACUUGGUUAGCAGCACAGCCUAAACUUAAUGCGCGAUCUAAAAGUGGUUAUAUUUUAUUUUCGGCCGAAGUCCGAAAAAAGGUGAUGCAAGAGAAUCCAGAAGCUGGUUUCGGUGAAGUUAGCAAAAUUGUAGGCAUUGAGUGGAAAAAACUAUCAGAAGAGCAGAAAAAACAGUAUGAGAUCAGAGCAGAAUAUAUUGCAAAUGAACGGGCGAAACAAGAAGCACGUGAGCCUCCUCAUAUGCGAAUUUUGCCUGGGCAAAUUCGAGUAUAUAUGUGUAAAUGGCAGACGUGUGAUUUCCAAUAUGAUAAUCCGGAAGAAUUGUAUGACCAUGUAAAAACAAUACAUACUUCCCAGAUUGUAGUUGAUGGUGAAAAUCAAUUCGUAUGCCUGUGGACAUCAUGUUUAAAGUACAGGAAAGAUGGAAAACCGUUUCCUUCUCUUCCACGCCUUCAUCGACAUAUUAAAGAGAAGCAUCUGGCGACAUCAGCCAAAUCAAUAUAUCCAAAUCAGAGGAGCAAGAAUUACAUACCGACUUAUGUGCCUGGUUCGUCCGCCUCAUCAGUAACUCCUGGAACAACAACAUUCGUAGCCGUUCAGCAGCCGACAAAUGGACCUCAACAAGUUCAUCAAACUUACACAAUCCAGCAAGCGCCAUUAACGUAUGUUACUCAGGCAGUAGUUUCAACUCAUCAGAUUGUUGCCAAUGGAUAUGUGAAUGGAACUGCAGUAGCUGUGGCACCAACGGCUUAUUUGGCUGCUACACCAACCGUUGUUCAUACUAGUUCUCAUGGUUAUCAUCCAUACCAGCAAGUGCGGCAGGUCACGGCAUCGACCGCCCAACCAAUUGCUGUAGCAGCGCAGAACUACACAGCAGUACCAUUGCAAACAGUGAGCUAUACGGCGCCAUCUACCUCACAACAACCGUCUCCUGUUAUAAGUGAUCCAGGUCGAACGAUUGUUCAAGCUCCGAAGCCUGCACAGCCUGUAUUUGUUGCUCCGCCGAAUACCGUACAAAUCAAAAGGGUUAUGCAUUCCGAAGUUUAUCUGAAAUAUAUAGAGUCUUUAUCAACCAGUCAGCAAAGAACUGUUAGUAAAUAUAGCAGGAGUUUAUUGGCGAACCAAAGGAAUACAACACCACCGCAGAAGAUUUCGACAACGCAAUGGCUGAAGGAAGCUAAAGACAAUGGUGUUAGGGAUGAAGAAGUGGUGAAAGCAUUAUGGCGACUUCGUGAUGCUUUAUUAGAAAGCACGGUGAAUAUAGCACGUGAAAUGGAUUGUACUGGUCCGCUAUAA